AGGUCCAUGAUAUCUCAAACUCAGUGUUAGAACUAGAAUUCAGUUUCAAUGGAUCUUAAACACUUGCUCAUUCUCAUCCUUUCUCUCAUAUCUCUCAUGAUCUUUGUCUCUUCAUCCAGUUAUAGAGGCUUUGGAUCUGGAUCGAGUCAAGAACAAGGUUAUGGAGAUGUAAAGGGAAAUCAAGGGAAUGGGUACGGGCAACAGAGGAACCAAGGAAAUGGGUAUGGGAUGGGAAACAAAGUAAAUGGAAAUGAUCGGAGCAACCCAGGCAAUGGAUAUGGGCAGGGAAACCAGGGUUAUGGAUCUGAGUCGGGUCAGGGACAAGGCUAUGGAUAUGGGCAGGGUAACCAAGGGAAUGGAAAUGGGUAUGGACAGGGGAAUGGAAAUGAGUAUGGGUCGGGUAACCAGGGGAAUAGAGAUGGGUAUGGGUCGGGUAACCAAGGGAGUGGUAAUGGGUAUGGGUCGGGUAACCAGGGGAGUGGAAAUGGGUAUGGAUCCGGUAACCAAGGUAAUGGAAAUGGGUAUGGUUCGGGUAACCAGGGAAAUGGAAAUGGGUAUGGUUCGGGUAACCAGGGUAAUGGAAAUGGAUAUGGAUCCGGUAACCAAGGGAAUGGAAAUGGGUAUGGGUCGGGUAACCAGGGGGAUGGAAAUGGAUAUGGAUCCGGUAACCAGGGUAAUGGAAAUGGGUAUGGGUCGGGUAACCAGGGUAAUGGAAAUGAUUAUGGAUCGGGUAACCAAGGGAAUGGAAAUGAUUAUGGGUCGGGUAAAGGGCAAGUGGGUUAUUAUUUCUAUGAUAAUACAUGUCCAAAAUUGAUCCAAAUUGUUAGAUAUUGGGUAAUGGCAGCUUUAAAGAAUGAAACAAGGAUAGCUGCUUCUCUUCUUAGAUUACACUUUCAUGAUUGCUUUGUUAAUGGCUGCGACGCUUCUAUUCUAUUAGACGACACUAAAAGUUUCAAGGGAGAAAAGAAUGCACUUCCUAACAAAAAUUCAGUUCGAGGGUUCGAAUUGAUCGAGAACAUAAAGGCCGAUAUAGAAAAAACUUGCCCUUCAACAGUGUCUUGCGUAGAUAUUCUUGCUCUAGCCGCAAGAGAAGCCGUCUAUGCGGUGGGUGGACCAUAUUGGUCGGUGGUGUUAGGGCGGCGAGAUGGGUUAACGGCUAGCGAGAAAGCAGCAAAUACCAUGUUGCCGUCUCCAUUUGAGCCUGUCGAUAACAUCACUGCCAAGUUUGUUGCUAAUGGUCUCGACAUGAAGGAUGUUGUUGUCCUCUCCGGCGCACACACCAUUGGUUUUGCUCAAUGUUUCACGUUCAAGAAAAGACUAUACAAUUUCAAGGGAACGGGUAAACCAGAUCCGAACAUGGACGCGACCAUGAUGUCAACUCUACAAGGCUCGUGCACGAACGAUGAAAAGUCGAACAGUCAGCUCAUCACUUUGGACGCCUCGUCAACCGACAAGUUUGAUAACUCUUACUACAAGAACUUGGUAGGGAAUUCGGGCUUGCUGGAUUCGGAUCAGGCAUUGAUGUUGGAUUCGAGAACUUCUAAACUUGUGAAUUCUUUCAGUUCCGACUCGAAUGUUUUUAACAAGGAAUUCGCAGCGUCAAUGGUGAAAUUGGGUAACAUUGGUGUACUUAUAGGUAAUGCUGGUCAAGUUAGGAAGAAGUGUGGAGCUGUUAAUUAACUAGUAAGAAUUAUG